CUUAACAAUUGUUGCUUAUUAUGAAAAGAUUAUUUUUAAUAGGCCCGUAAGGAUGCCACCCUUGUGGUUGCAAAUCUGCAAAGGCAACAGGUUUAUUCAUGAUUGCAUCCCAUUGUUGGCUAGCAGAGUUUAUCCUUCGAAUAAUAAAUGGGAAUAGCACAAUCUGGAGUAAUUUUCUUGAGGAACUUCUGAGCUUAAUGGUUCAACAAAAGAGGCUCAUGCUAUCAGACAGAAAAGUUUUGCCUUCAUUUUUAACAUCUUUGCUUGGCUCUUCGUGCCAUAGCCUUUUAGUGCCUCAGACAAUUGGACAAAG